GGCAAAUUAAUCGGGUCUGCUGUCUUCCUUUGGGGAAGUUCUUUGGCCAUCAUGGCUGCUUGUACGGAUUUUAAAAGCUUACUUGGGAUGCGGUUUGCGUUGGGAUCUUUUGAGGCUAUGAUUGCUCCGUCUUGUGUGGCUGUCACACAGAUGUGGUGGCGACGGAGUGAGCAGACGAUGAGGACGGCUUUGUGGAGUGGAAUGAACGGAGUCACCUUUGUUGUAAGUCCAUCAGUUGAUAUGAAUACUGAAUCCUGACAAUAUAGGUCGGGAGUCUCUUCACCUACGGCCUCG